GAGAGCUGCAGCGCGCAGUACGACACGCUGGGCUAGAGUGUGGUGGCAGUAGGAGGCGGCCAGUGACAGUCAGAGUGUUGCCCUGGUGUCCACUGUGAACGUCAGCACCUCUCUCCCUGGACCUAUAUUCUACCACUGCUAACUGUGACCAUGGUGUUACGGCGGCUAUGGUUGGCGGGUGUGGUCGCAGUACUUGUGGCGACCGUGGCGAGGGCUCAAGAGAACACCACGGCCAGCGACGCCCCCGCCCAAGUGGACGACGGCAAGCCGAAGAAGACGGGCGAUCCCCAGAAGGACUACCUGCUGGACCCCAACCUUCCUCAUGAGCUCAUCGGCUAUGAUCUGAGCAACUAUCCCUUCUACAACAGGUUGCCCAAGGAUCUGCUCGAUCCCAAGUUCAAUUUCACUUGCGACAACCGCCAUGAUGGCUUCUACGCCUCCAUCCCUCACAAGUGUCAGGUGUACCACAAUUGCCUUUUUGGGACGCGGUACGACUUCCUGUGCGCCAACUACACUGUAUUCGACCAGAAGAACUUCAUUUGCCAUUACGUUAGUGAGGUUGACUGCGAGAACUCUGAGAAACACUACGACAGGAACGACGAAUUAUAUGAGACAACGACCACGACGACCAGCACGACACCUGCUCCUCAGAUCAUCUAUGUGGAGAGGCCUCGACCGAUAGGUGGUCAAGGAAGGAUCCGCGCCAAUCGCCCUAACCGCCAACGUCCUUUCAGUGGCAAGCGACGCACCACCACAACCACACCCUCGCCAGAUUACGACUAUGACUACUAUGGUGAUUACUACGAUGACUACUAUAAUGAUGAAACCACGACUACUACGAAGAGGCCGCUCCGUCGCCGUCGUCCCAACAGGCCGAGGCAAGGGGGUCAAGGAGGUGAAGACAGGUCUGGUGGUGGGGUGAAUGCUAGGAACCGCAAUAGUCCGAGGGGUCAGCAAUCAGCACCUCGGAACGAGGAGUUCAGUGAGCCCCAAGUGGCUCGUCUGCAGCAGGCCAACACCCCGAGAGAACAAACUUUCGACAAUGCUCCAGAAGAGGCCCUACAGGACCUACCUCAGGAUGCUUCAACGGGGAAUCGAAGACGUCGCCCGAACCGCCCUGCCCCAAAGGUAGGUCCUGGACGCAAGAAGUCUGCAACUACCACAACCACCUCCACCACCACCACUACCACUACUACAGAGCCUUCUCCGGAUUAUUAUUACGAUGAAUAUUAUGACUAUGGUGAUGAGAAUGCAUCCACGACUACAACAACGACGACAACUACCGCAGCUCCCGGUCGUCGUACCCGACCGACAUUCUCGCCAUCUUCAUCCCGUAAUCGGCCAAGUGGCAGUAGUUUCAGGCCGCGUCCUAAUCCAGCCACUGAUACAACAGCUGCUGAGGUAACUGUUGACGAACCUACAGAAGAUGGUGGCAGAACCCCGAUCCGCAGCAAUGUAAAUAGGCAAUCGGCUAUCGCUAACCGGCGUGUGUCCCAAGCGGAGCCCCUAGAUAUCGUUUCCGAUGUGUCCUCUCCAUCGGAGCGUCAACGCCCCCAACGAGUGGGGCCAAGCUUUCCUAAGCGCAGAUCUCAAACCGCGACAGAAGAAGCAGAGGUCGCAACAGAAGCAGUAAAUCUCGAACCAGAUUUAGAAUUCUUCGAAGAUGCACUUCCCGACGAGACUGCUGCUGAUGCCGGUGGAGUACGGGAUCGGAACAGGGUACGCCUGCCAGGGCCAGGCAGGCAUGGUAACCAAAGGCCUAGGGUACGAAGGCACGGACAGCCAUCUCUCAGCUACGACGACUAUUAGCACUUAAUAUUUAUUGUGUACAGUCACUACCUUCUUGUUUUGUACAUUAGUUAUAUUGUUUAUACGCAUAAAUCUUUUAAUUAAUGAAAGGAAUGUAUAUCUUAAUCCUUCAUUGUCACAAUAAAACAAAAAUAGUGGAAAUACAUAAAAAAUUCCCACACAUCUUUCAUUGAGCAUUAAAUAAAUGCAUUGGGUUAUCAAAUACAGCAUAAGUAUAACAUGCAUGGUGAAAGCCAUAUUUUAUUAACAUGCUGUAAACAUUACAAAAUAUCAACGAAAAAGCGACUAUAUUCAUACCUAAGAUUCAAAAGAGAAUAAGAAAAUGUGUGUAUAUAUAGGUUAAGCCUCGUAACUUUGUUGAGGAAUUAUUUGUUUCUUUUUUCUUAAUGUACCUUAGUGAUCAAUGCACACAACCCAGUGGGAAGGUGCAGUGAAGGAUAAGUGCUCACGGGAGCGGUGAAACAUUUUCUAUAAAGACUAUACAAGAGUGUUGUAGGGGAAGAUAUUGUGCACGAGUGGCUGUGGUCAUGGUGCACGGGUGGCUGUGGUCAUGGUGCACGGGUGGCUGUGGCCAUGGUGCACGGGUGGCUGUGGCCAUGGUGCACGGGUGGCUGUGGCCAUGGUGCACGGGUGGCUGUGGCCAUGGUGCACGGGUGGCUGUGGCCAUGGUGCACGGGUGGCUGUGGCCAUGGUGCACGGGUGGCUGUGGCCAUGGUGCACGGGUGGCUGUGGCCAUGGUGCACGGGUGGCUGUGGCCAUGGUGCACGGGUGGCUGUGGCCAUGGUGCACGGGUGGCUGUGGCCAUGGUGCACGGGUGGCUGUGGCCAUGGUGCACGGGUGGCUGUGGCCAUGGUGCACGGGUGGCUGUGGCCAUGGUGCACGGGUGGCUGUGGCCAUGGUGCACGGGUGGCUGUGGCCAUGGUGCACGGGUGGCUGUGGCCAUGGUGCACGGGUGGCUGUGGCCAUGGUGCACGGGUGGCUGUGGCCAUGGUGCACGGGUGGCUGUGGCCAUGGUGCACGGGUGGCUGUGGCCAUGGUGCACGGGUGGCUGUGGCCAUGGUGCACGGGUGGCUGUGGCCAUGGUGCACGGGUGGCUGUGGUGUUGGUAGUGUGUAGUCAUAGCAGUGUGCGGUCAUGGUACCCCAGCUGGCCAUGGUCAAGGUACAAAAUUGGCUGUGGUCAUUGUAUCCAGCUGAGUACAGUCACGGUCCCCAGCUGAGUACAGUCACGGUCCCCAGCUGAGUACAGUCACGGUCCCCAGCUGAGUACAGUCACGGUCCCCAGCUGAGUACAGUCACGGUCCCCAGCUGAGCACAGUCACGGUCCCCAGCUGAGCACAGUCACGGUCCCCAGCUGAGCACAGUCACGGUCCCCAGCUGAGCACAGUCACGGUCCCCAGCUGAGUACAGUCACGGUCCCCAGAGUACAGUCACGGUCCCCAGCCGAGUACAGUCACGGUCCCCAGCCGAGUACAGUCACGGUCCCCAGCCGAGUACAGUCACGGUCCCCAGCCGAGUACAGUCACGGUCCCCAGCCGAGUACAGUCACGGUCCCCAGCCGAGUACAGUCACGGUCCCCAGCCGAGUACAGUCACGGUCCCCAGCCGAGUACAGUCACGGUCCCCAGCCGAGUACAGUCACGGUCCCCAGCCGAGUACAGUCACGGUCCCCAGCCGAGUACAGUCACGGUCCCCAGCCGAGUACAGUCACGGUCCCCAGCCGAGUACAGUCACGGUCCCCAGCCGAGUACAGUCACUGUCCCCAGCUGAGUACAGUCACGGUCUCCAGCUGGCUGUGCUCUAUCCUGGCACCUUACUGGGUGCUGAUUCAUGUUUUGUUAUGCUGUAAUAAAUUGCUUAUAUCGAAA